AUGCGGAUUCACCAAGAACAACGGAACAGAAACUCAUCUGACAUGAUCUGUCGAUAUCUCGGGUUCGAAGGCGCGUUUGCCACUGUAAGUGGAGGGCAAUACGAUGCCUCGUCCAUAGACGCCGAUGCCGAAGCUGCAGCAGUGAUAUGUCCACCUAAUACCACAAGUAUUACCGACUGCUGGCAUAAUGAGACGAUGGAGACUGUGAAUGAGGAGAACAUAGCAGUGGUCUGCUGUCCGGGACUCAUGUGUAAUCCACUCGGUGAUCCACUUGGACUUGAAAGAGGUACUAUUCCUGACUCUGCUAUCACUUCUUCUGGUUGCCAUGAUUCGGAAUCCAUUUGCACUCAGUAUGCCCGACUCAACGGCCCAUCUGCUUGGGUCCCAAGUCAGGCAAACCCCAAGUGGCUCGACGUCCAGUUUGAAUCAAGCUAUGUAGUAACCGGCAUCGCCACCCAAGGAAGACCAGGGUUUGAGCAUUGGACUCGGUCAUACACUAUCUCAUUUAGUACAAGCAGUGGGGAUCGGUAUAACUAUUUCAACGUGUAUUCCCGAGAAAUUCAGGUGUUUGGAGGAAAUAGCGAACAGUACAAAACCUCGACCCAUGUCUUCGUGGUACCAAUGUUGGCACGCUCUGUUCGGAUCCAUCCACAUAGCUACUCAUAUAUCGCUCUUCGGCUGGAGCUCUACGGGUAUGGACCUCUCAAUGAAUUCAUAGCGUCUAUGAACCGCGGUGUUCAGCUGGGCUGUACCCCUCCUGUCCUCGGAGAGGGGCUUGGUGUCGAAGAUGGUCGGAUACCGGACAGUAGUCUCACCUCUUCAUCCGUAUAUCAAAGCCAGAACCCCGAUGCCAUGGCAGCGUAUCGCGGAAGGCUGAAUGCCAUCGGAACAGAUGGCGAAACAACUGGGUGGACUGCGGCCCUCGAUGAUCAGGAUAAAUGGAUUAAGGUCGACCUAGGAAAGGAAUCCGUGGUUACCGGUGUCAUAACUCAAGGCGGUGAAAAUUACAUCCGAUGGUAUACAUCUCUCCAGAUUUCCUAUUCGGUAGACAACCAAGAAUGGACCUAUGCACUGGAAAAAGAAUGUGGAUCGCGCAGAACAUAUCCAGGGAACCUCGAUGGAAUUACUCCAUCGACGAAACUUUUUCCUAAACCAGUGGUAGCACGUUACAUCCGGUUGCAUCCUUUUUCAGGGUAUUACUUCGGUGGAAUGAGAUUCGAGAUACUCGGGGUGGUGAACUUCGGGUAG